AUGAAAUAUUAUAAUUUAUUAUUGUUUUUAUUAUUUUUAAUAUUUAAUUUAGUUACUAUUGGUUUGGGUGGUACUAAUGCUUGUACCCCAUCAAGUUGCCCAGAAUAUAAGUGUUUUAAUUCAACAUGUAACGGUAGUCAAUGUUCUUACAAGUCUUAUCAAUGUCCAGCCAUUAGCAAUGAUUUAUGUACAAGAGGUCUUUGUAAUACUACAACAGGAUUGUGUAAUUAUUUACCAGUUGAGUGUCCCCCAGCAAACAAAUGUUCAACAUCAAUUGGUUGUAACAAAGCAACUGGAUUCUGUCAAUACAGAUCACUACCAUGUCCUCCAUCAUCUGACCCAUGUUCUCAAGCAGUUGGAUGUGACGAAACUAGUGGAAAUUGUACAUAUCAGAAAAUCACUUGUCCAAAUCACUCCAAUCCUUGUAUGAAAUCAAUGGGUUGUAUUGCUUCACUUGGUGGAAGAUGCCAAUAUCAGUCAAUUAAUUGCACAUCAUCCGAUCUAUGUUCAGUUGGAAAAUGUAAUAACCAAACUGGUUCUUGUGAAUUCUCUCCAGUAGUUUGUCCAAAACACUCUAAUCCUUGUAUGAAAUCAUUGGGUUGUAAUUCUACAAUUGGUGGAAAAUGUCAAUAUCAGUCAAUUGAUUGUACAUCAACCGAUCCAUGUUCAAUUGGAAAAUGUAAUAACCAAACUGGUUCUUGUGAAUUCUCUCCAGUAGUUUGUCCAACUCAUUCAAACCCUUGUAUGAAAUCAAUAGGUUGUAAUUCUUCAAUUGGAAAAUGUCAAUAUCAGUCAACUAAUUGUACAUCAACCGAUCUAUGUUCAGUUGGAAAAUGUAAUAACCAAACUGGUUCCUGUGAAUUUUCUCCAGUAGUUUGCCAAGAUCCACCACCAUGCUAUAAAUCUAUGGGUUGUGUCAAUGGCAGAUGCGGAUAUGUAAACACUGGUGAUUGUUAA